AUGAUCAAGAAUCGGGUGGACAAGUGCAUCAUAGAGAAGACGAAGGCGUUCAAGGAGUGCGUCGAGGGUUCCGCCGACAAGCAGCAGCAGGACAUCCUGCGGAUAAUGAUGCGCUGCCUGAAGACGGGCAUCCGGAAGAUCUGCGCCGACAGUGUCAUGAGCGCUUCCCGAAGGGGGCCGGCUCAAACAGAGCCCAAUGCGGUGGAUAUCAUCCAGACGAAGUGCCGGGGAAUGGGCGAAAACAAGAAGCUACAGGCUCCGGGAGGGAAUCAGGCAGAGCGCUCCCGAUUCGCCAAGAAGGUGGAUCAGUGCGUGGCCAGUGAGUGGAAGGAUCUGUGCUCUUCGCGCUGCAAUCUCAGCGAGAAGGAGCAGGUGGAGCUGGACCGCAUGCAGCAAUGCGUCUGCGACCAAAUCAAGGAGAACAGCCGCAAGCAGGUCCUCAGGGAGAUGUGCGUAGAUGGCGGCCAGCAGCUCAGAAAGAAGGCCAACUCUGAAGUUCUUUCCUUCAAGGCAAGGCCUAAAGAAGUAGCCGAGGAAGUGCCCAAGGAAAAGCCUUCUCCCCCGCCAAAGGAAUCCCUGAAUCCUGAGGUGGAAAAGUGCGUGCAGGCGAAACUGCAGACUGUUGAGGGUUUUAUAAGGUCCUUGAGCGAUGAUGAAGACACGGCUCGCGAGAAUAUAUCCGAAUGUGCCAGGAUCAAGCUGAGGGAACAGUGCGAGGCAGAGAUUCAGCAAAGAAAACUCGAAGAGAUUCAGCGAAAGAAAUGCUUGGAAAAGAGGGACCGAAAGGAGGCAGAGGUUCAGCAAAGAAAACUCGCGGAAAAGAGAGCCCGCAAGGAAGCAGAGGCUCUGCGAAGAAAGUGCCAGGAGAAGAGAGCCCGAAAGGAAGCAGAGGCCAAGGCAAAGGACGACAAAUGCCUGCAAGGAGGGCCGAGAGGCGGAGGCGGAGCCGAAGCUGUUGUCAAUCAGGAACUGCUGAAGCACUUCCGGGAGUGGCGUCACCAACCACGUGGCCCCCUUCGAUGA